AUGUUGUUUUAUGUUUUGAACCUCAAAAUUAUAUGUUUAGAGUUAAUAAUUUCUAUUCAGUAGUGGGUGAUAUUCUUUGAUAGUUAUUUCAUUUAGAACAAAAAUGCAGUAUGAAAAUAUUACAGCAUAUUCCAAUUUAUCAAAUAACACGCGAAAGAGAAUUGGAGAAAGAGAAUGCAAAUGUUAUGAAUCUAAUAGUCCAUGUAUAAUAGUACACGGGGGUGCAGGAGAUUUUAGCGAUUCUAUAGUUAUAGAAAAAAUGACAGCUUGCAAAAAAGCUGCCAUUAAUGGAUAUAAAAUGUUAUUAAACGGUGAGAACUCGGUGGAUGCAGUAGAAACAGCGUUGUGGUGGUUAGAAUGCGACGAAUUCUUUAAUUGUAGUUAUGGAUCUGUGUUAAAUGAAUUAGGUAUUUCUAUAAUAGCAUUUUAAUAGGCUUCAACUAAAUUAUAC